AUGUGUGUCGUGUCCGACAGACAUGAAAGCAUAAUACACGCAGUUUCUAAGGUGUAUCCUACUGUUCCUCAUUUGGCUUGUAUAUGCCAUUUGUGGAAAAAUGUGACAAAGCAAUACACAACAAACAGUGAGGUGUUGAGUCCUAUAUUUUAUUCACUAGCGAAAGCAUACAGCCAGGAUGAGUUCGAUAAAUUGAUGGAGAAGAUUGGGAAUGUUGAUAUUCAGGUAAAACGAUACCUAGAAGAUGCUGGAAGAGAUAAAUGGUCUAGGAUUUAUUCACCUGUUAAUAGAGGAUGGACAAUGACUUCGAAUAUAGCCGAAUGUAUUAAUGGAAAACUGGUUGAAACGUCAACUGAAUAUGUUUACACAGUGAAUGAUGGACCGAGGCGUUUCAUAAUAGAUUUGAAGAAGAAAACUUGCAGCUGCAGGAUGUUCCAACUGGACGAGAUACCGUGUUCUCAUGCAUGGGCAGUAUUGAAGAAUAAAAAUUUGACUGCUGAUGUAUAUUGUUCGGAUUUAUUCAAGCCGGAAACAGUUGUGAACACAUAUGAUGUGCCAGUUGAUCCUCUUCCCGAUGAGACCGAGUGGAAUGUUCCUAAAAGUAUAUUAGAUGAAGUUGUUAUGCCACCGAUCUAUAAGAGACCCCCUGGGAGGCCAAAAAAGAAGAGGGACAAGCCAUUACAGGAGUUGAUGAUUGGUAAACGCAGAAAUUCCUGCGGUAAAUGUGGAUGUCUUGGUCAUAAUAGGCGUUCGUGUGAUAAUCCGCCGCUCAAUAAGAAGAAUAAAUAA